AUGCCACAAGGUCCUCCUUUGACAUCCCAUCAAAGAGACACCUUCAGUCCAGUUGCCUUCUCCCUGGGGCUGCUCCUGGUGAUGGCAACUGCUUUCCCUACCCCGGCUCCCCUGGGAGAAGAUUCCAAAGAUGAUACCGUCUCAAAUAGAUCAGCACUCACCUCUUCAGAACAAACUGAAAAACUCAUUCAGUCCAUCCUCUUCGAAAUCUCUGAAGUGAAAAAUAAGAUGUGUGACAACGAUGAAUCGUGUAAAAACAGCAAGGAGGCGCUGACAGAAAACAACCUGAACCUUCCAAAACUGACAAAAAAAGAUGGGUGCUUCCAUUCUGGAUUCAAUCAGGAGACCUGCUUGAUGAGACUCACCGCCGGUCUUCAGGAGUUCCAGGUGUACCUGAAGUACCUCCAGAACACGUUCGAGGGAAAUGCCAAGGCCAUGCAGACCAGAACCAAAAUCCUGGUCAAGAUCCUGAACCAAAAGUUAAAGAAUCCAGUUGAAGAAGCCACCCCAGACCCAACCGCAAGCGCUGGCCUGCUGGAGAAGAUGCAGUCGCAGAAAGAGUGGCUGAAGACCAGGACGGCCCACCUCAUCCUGCGCAGCUUCGAGGACUUCCUGCAGUUCGCCCAGAGGGCUGUUCGGGUGUAG